AUGGCACUUUCCGUCCUCCCUCCAGUCAUCGCCGACAUCUCCAACGCCAUCAACUCGGCACAGACUGUUCUGGAGCUGAUUGAUCGCGAGCCGGCGGUGAACAGCAAAGGGGGGUUGACGCUUCCUCAAUGCGAGGGCAAGAUUGAGCUAAAGGACGUCACCUUCGCUUACUCUUCUCAUCCGGAUGUUCCUGUCCUUGAACGUGUCAACUUCGUCGCAGACGCUAAGUCUCACGUCGCCAUCUUGGGCAACAAGAGGAGCGGGAAGUCGACGCUGAUCGCUCUGAUCGAACGGUUCUUCGACGCCCAGGAGGGUCUCGUCCUGCUGGACGAUACGGACAUCAGCACGUUCGAUCCUGUUUGGCUUCACCAUCAGAUUGCCUUCCUCCCUCAGGACCCUGUGAUGUUCUCCGCGAGCGUCAAGGACAACAUUUGCUUUGGGCAGCAUCUGACACAAGAGAAGAUUGAGGAUGCGGCCAAAGUCGCGAAGUUGCACCAGCCGAUUCUCAGACUACCGGACGCGUACGACACACUGGUGGAGAGCAGCGAAGAGAAGGGCGAGAGGAGGAGGAGAGACGUGCAGCUCUCGCAAAUGAUGCAGCACAAGAUCGCGAUUGCUCGAGCUGUUGCAAAGGAUUGCUCCAUCUGGCUGAUCGACGACUUUGGCUCCUCUCUGCCAGAAUCUUCUCGCGCAGAGCUCUACGAGAUUCUGCAAGAGAUUAUUCCGGGGAAGACGGUUAUCUCUACCUCCUCCUCUCCUCUCCUCUGGGGUCAGGCGGCCAACAAGGUCGGCGUUCUCGUGCAUGGAAGGAUCGAAGAGUGGGGGGAGCCGAACGAGCUCAGAAUGCGGCAGGGCUUGUACAGCUCGCUUAUGCGGGGGGAAGAGCUGGGAGGUCAAGGAGGUUCGAGCUCGGCGAGGAACGAAGGGGCGAGCAGAGCGAGACAACUGAUCGACACUUUCGAGCUAAACUUAACCCUCUCUCAGCCACCAGAAGGGCCUGCGCUGGACUCGCUGAGAAGAGUGAUAGAAGAGUUUCGAGCUACAACUUGAGUUGCUUCUCUUCAUUCCUGCAGUUGACAACAAGACAACAACAAACACCA